GUGUAGUAUAAAACAGACGACAAACUCUUGUUUUCUAUCAUUCACUUCUUGCAUUCCUUGUGACAAAGAACCAACCACACUUCUCAAAAAUGGCAUUCAAGUUUGUAUUCGCACUCGCCUUUGUCGCCGCGGCCAGCGCUGGCUAUAUACCCGCUGCUCCAGUAUACCACGCCGCACCAGCCGUCGCCGUGCACGCAGCACCUGUGGCCGUAGCCCAAAAGGUUGUUGUGAAAUCGGAAGAAUAUGAUCCUCAUCCUCAAUACAAAUUCUCUUAUGGCGUCGAUGACAAACUCACCGGUGAUUCCAAGAGCCAAGUGGAGGAACGUGAUGGUGAUGUGGUCCAUGGUGAAUACUCCCUCAUUGACGCUGAUGGUUACAAACGCACUGUUCAGUACUCUGCUGAUCCCAUUAAUGGCUUCAAUGCCGUCGUGAACCGUGAACCUCUUGUCAAAGCUGUUGCCGUCGCUGCAGUUGUAAAGACCGUUGCUCCAGUUGCUCACUACGCCGCUCCAGUGGCUCACUAUGCCGCUCCAGUGGCUCACUAUGCCGCUCCAGUCGCUCACUACUCCGCCCCCGCAGUAGUCAAGACUGUUGCCCCCGUAGCUCAUUAUGCUGCCCCGGUGGCUCACUACGCCGCACCAGCUGCCCAUUACACUUCUUAUGCCGCUCCAGCAGUCAAUUACCAUCACUAAGGACUAGUCUUCGAAUA